CCGCCGCCGCCGCCGCAGCCUCUGCUGCUCCUGCUGCUGGUGUUGGCGCUGCUGCCCGCGGCCGGCGCCGUCCCCGCCCCGAGGUUCCCGGCUCUGCCCGCCUUGUCUGCAGGGCCCAGUGUGAGCCUCUACCUGAGCGAGGACGAGGUACACCGGCUCAUGGGUCUUGAUGCCGAACUUUACUAUGUGAGAAAUGACCUUAUUAGUCACUAUGCUCUAUCCUUUAACCUGCUAGUACCCAGUGAGAAAAAUUUCCUACACUUCACUUGGCAUGCAAAGUCCAAGGUUGAAUAUAAGCUGGGAUUCCAAGUAGACAAUUUUGUGGCUAUGGACAUGCCCCAGGUCAAUAUUUCUGUUCAGGGGGAAGUUCCACGCACUUUAUCAGUGUUUCGGGUCGAGCUUUCCUGUACUGGCAAAGUAGAUUCUGAGGUCAUGAUACUAAUGCAGCUCAACUUGACAGUAAAUUCUUCACAAAAUUUUACAGUCCUCAUUUUUAAACGAAGGAAAAUGUGCUACAAAAAACUUGAAGAAGUAAAAACUUCAGCUUUGGACAAAAACACUAGCAGAACUAUUUAUGAUCCUGUACAUGCAGCUCCAACUACUUCCACGCGUGUGUUUUAUAUCAGUGUAGGGGUGUGUUGUGCAGUAAUAUUUCUCGUAGCAAUAAUAUUAGCUGUUUUGCACCUUCAUAGUAUGAAAAGGAUUGAACUGGAUGACAGCAUCAGUGCCAGCAGUAGUUCCCAAGGGCUGUCUCAGCCGUCCACCCAGACGACUCAGUAUCUGAGAGCCGACACACCCAACAAUGCAACUCCUAUCACCAGCUCCUCAGGUUAUCCUACCUUGCGGAUAGAGAAGAACGACUUGAGAAGUGUCACUCUUUUGGAGGCAAAAGCCAAGGUGAAGGAUAUAGCAAUCUCUAGGGAAAGGAUAACCCUAAAAGAUGUACUCCAAGAAGGUACUUUUGGGCGUAUUUUCCAUGGGAUUUUAGUAGAUGAAAAAGAUCCAAAUAAAGAAAAACAGACAUUUGUAAAAACAGUUAAAGAUCAAGCUUCUGAAAUCCAGGUGACGAUGAUGCUUACUGAGAGCUGCAAGCUUCGAGGUCUUCAUCACAGAAAUCUUCUUCCUAUUACUCAUGUGUGUAUAGAAGAAGGUGAGAAGCCCAUGGUGAUACUGCCUUACAUGAAUUGGGGGAAUCUUAAAUUGUUUUUACGGCAGUGCAAAUUAGUAGAGGCCAAUAAUCCACAGGCGAUUUCCCAGCAAGAUCUGGUACAUAUGGCUAUUCAGAUUGCCUGUGGAAUGAGCUACCUGGCAAGAAGGGAAGUGAUCCACAAAGAUCUGGCUGCUAGGAACUGUGUCAUUGAUGACACUCUUCAAGUGAAAAUCACAGACAAUGCUCUUUCCAGAGACUUGUUCCCCAUGGACUACCACUGUCUAGGGGACAAUGAAAACAGGCCAGUUCGGUGGAUGGCUCUUGAAAGUCUGGUUAAUAAUGAGUUCUCUAGUGCUAGUGAUGUGUGGGCGUUUGGAGUGACACUGUGGGAGCUCAUGACUCUGGGCCAGACACCCUAUGUGGACAUCGACCCCUUUGAGAUGGCUGCGUACCUGAAAGAUGGUUAUCGAAUAGCCCAGCCAAUCAACUGCCCUGAUGAGCUGUUUGCUGUGAUGGCCUGUUGCUGGGCCUUAGACCCAGAAGAAAGGCCCAAGUUCCAACAGCUGGUCCAGUGCCUCACAGAGUUCCAUGCUGCCCUAGGAGCCUACGUCUGACUUCUCCCCCAGUCCCACAGCAUCAGGAGAAGGUGCCUGUCAGGGAGACUUCGCAUGUAAUGCAAUGCCAGCAGAAGCACAUUUGUCUUCCAGAACACCGUGCCUUAGGAAUGCUUUAAAAUCUGAACUUUUAAAGACAGACUUAAUAAUGUGGAGCGUUUUCUAGAUACCACUUUUAUUAGGUUGAAAUGAAAGGGGUUUUGUAAAUUUUUUGGCCAAAAAAUUUUAAAAAGAUACUUUGGAUUGGGGGGUACAUUCUUAAAAAAAAUUACAGUUUUAAAAAUUGUUUAGACACAGAUAUUUGGAAUAGCCAUCUUAGUGCCAUCUGUUUUUAUUUCUGUUUUUUACUUGGUUGAGGUAAUGUGGGUGACUCACCUUUUAUGUUAUUUUAAUAUUUUUGUCACUGCUCUUGGGAAUGGUUUGUCUUCAAGACGCAGUACUUUUCUUAGCAUAAAAAGAUGUCUUAUUUGCCUUGUACUAGGCAAUAUGUGAUGGAAGAAAAAUUGAAGAAAUGAUAAAAAGAAAAAUUAAUUUAAAAAUUACUUAUUAGGAACAAAUUGUCCUUGCAGGAAAAAAAAUGUUUGUUUUCACUGUCUUGGUGAAAAGGGUUUUGACUUUGUUUGGGGGAAAUGGGCUGAGUUCAUCAUUUCUAAAAAAAAAGUUGGGGGGAAUCAUAAAUUAGUUUUUCUGUGAGCCAGAAGAAGGCUGGGGGCAGAUUCAUAGGAAACAGUGGUGACUUUAUUUAUUUUUGCUCUCUGGGAAAGGAAAUAAUGCAGUUCCAGAAAGUGAAAUCUUGUUUCUAAGGCCACCUCCCUCUGAGUGCACCUAGAGUAGUGCUAUGCACAGAAUGGGUGCUUCAGCUGUUGUGGGGGUUUUGUGUUUGUUCUCUUAAAGGUUAAAUUAGUAAAUUUUAUGCUUAUCUUCAAGGCUGGCUUAAGUGUAAAUUUGUUUUUUUAAACACUUGAAAAUUAAAGAUUCAUUUUAUAUUA